AUGGACCUGGGGGUGCUUGCUGCGCUUAAAGUGAAGAUCGCCUACUACGACCGCGAGGGCCGCGAGCUGGCGGUGGCCUGGCUGUACCUCACCUGUGUCGAGGUGUCCCUGGACGUGGACUGGAGCCGGAGCGGCCGAGUGAAGAGCAAGGGCAAGGACAAGGCCAAGUGGACGUGGGGCCCGGACGGACAAGGGGCCGUGCUGUUGGUCAACUGUGACCGGGACAGCCCCGGCGCGGGGGGCACGGACAGCGGCGAGGUGGACAUACGGACCCUGGCAGACCUGCAGGACAUGUCGGUGAUGCUGCUGCGCACCCAGGGCCCCAGCGCCAUCUUCGCCGAGUACCCGGUGGUGCUGCACGUCCCCGAGAGCGACGCGGACAAGGCGCGGGUGUUCCACGCCGCCCAUCUUCUGCCGUCGCACAGGGGGGACAGCACCUUCUACGUGGAGGGGCUGGCGUUCCCCGACAGAGGCUUCACCGGCCUGGUGUCCUUCAGCGCCAGCCUGCUGGAGGUGCCCCAUAAGGACGCGCCGGGCACGCCGAUCUUCACGGACACCGUGGUGUUCCGCGUGGCGCCCUGGAUCAUGACGCCCAACACGCAGCAGCCCCUGGAGGUGUUUGUCUGCAGGACGGUGCGGGGCAAGGAGUACCCGCUGGGGCGGAUCCUCAUCGGCAGCCCCCUGCCCUGGGCGGCGGGCCGCAGGAUGUGCCGCGCCGUGCGGGAUUUCCUCCUGGCGCAGAGCGUGCAGGCGCCGCUCGAGGUCUACUCGGAGUGGCUCAGCGUGGGCCACGUGGACGAGUUCCUCACCUUCGUCCCGGCCCUGGACAGGAAGGGAUUCCGGCUGCUCCUGGCCAGUCCCAACGCCUGCUACAAACUCUUCAAGGAGAAGCAGCAGCAGGGCCACGGGGAGGCCACGCAGUUCAUCGGGCCGAAGGCCGCGGACAAGAAAAGCAUCGACGAGAUCCUGGCGGACGAGUCCCUGCGCAGCGACAACCGCCACGUGCAGCGCUGCAUCGACUGGAACCGCGACCUGCUGAAGCAGGAGCUGGGGCUGAGCGAGCAGGACAUCGUGGACAUCCCGCAGCUCUUCAUCCUGACCAACUCCCGCGCCGACGCGCUGUUCCCGGACAUGGUGAACAUGCUGGUGCUGGGCCGGCACCUGGGCAUCCCCAAGCCCUUCGGGCCCGUGGUGGGCGGGCGCUGCUGCCUGGAGCAGCGGGUGCGGGAGCUGCUGGAGCCGCUGGGCCUCUCCUGCACCUUCAUCGACGACUUCUUCUCCUACCACGUCCUCUCGGGGGAUGUCCACUGCGGCACCAACGUGCGCCGCAAGCCCUUCGCCUUCAAGUGGUGGAACGUGGUGCCCUGA